AUGACCGAAGUCGAAAAGGGUUAUGUGUUUAUAAUUGUACUUUGGAAAUAUCGAUUGAGUUUGGCGAAAUGGAAAAAACGCAAAAAUGUGAAAAUUGUCGUCGUUGCUCCGCCAAGAAUGCUCGUUGAUGAAUCCAAUGUCGAUGUAUACUAUCAAGUUGAGCCGCCAAUUAGGGACCAUGACCAUUGCCUUCUCAUGCACAAAGUUCGGGAGCUCUCAGCCCUAUAUGCUAUUGAAAUCCAGCGGAUUAUUGUAUUCGAAAGAGCUCUUCAGCUGCACAUCGCCAAUAUUCGAAGGGAUAUGGAUGUUGAGGGUUUCCACACCGAUGAGAUUCUCCAAUUUGUGAAUCCUGAUGAAGCUAUUUUAUCCAAAAACGGAUUAUCUUCUUUAAGCCUUCGCCAAUGCUCCUUAUCAGGCACUCCGCAACCAGAUUCGUGGAUAGAAGCCGUAAAAAAUCAAAUUGGCGGAUUUCCAGCUGUCGUGAGACCCGUAAAACAUCAUUGUGCUCAUUCUGUAGGCUUCAUUAAAAACGAAAACGAGUUCAAAAAUUGGUUUCGACGGAAUUCUAGUGUCCAUAGGAAUGAGCUCUAUUUGGUGCAGGAAUACAUGAAGGAUGGCCACGAAUUCAGCGCGAUUUGCUCAAAUUUCUCGGGCCUAAUAGGAUGCAUUUCUUCAAUGCAGACCGAAAAAUCGAUAUUAGAAUCCAUACAAGCCCAGCAGCCUUAUGCAUUAGAAUAUUUUUCGGCCCAUCAGACUCGGGACCAUCUGCCCGGUUUGGAGUCGUUCACUAUGCAGGUAAUCAAAGGAAUGCUGCCAAAAGGAUACCUAGGAUUAAUUUUUAUUCGCGGUUACUACAAGGAUCACAAUGAAAUAUAUUUUCUGGGAUUUAGCCUAGAGCCGGACAGCGAGACGACCAGAAAUCUAAUGGCGUUGCCGCAAACUGCGCCGUGGGAGAUUCUAACAUUGUGUACUCAGUUAGAGACGCAGGGUGAAGAAGUUCAACAUUGCACUGACUACCACUGCGUCAUCAAUUUUCCGUCAGCUGAAGGCGUUUUGAUACAUCAGGCAUCAAUUGUGAAAACGAAGAGCGAGACACGGGUGGCCUGGCGAAGUGCUGAAAGCGCAGAGAUGAAGGAUAGUGAUCAUCUCGACGACAACGUCCUUCAAGUUUUCCUCUGGAAUCGCAAUAGAGUGCAAUUGCUAGAAGACAUUGAGAAAGUGAUACGGACCACCGACAUCACCAUGGAUCGAAAUGCAUUGAAUGAACGGCACACAUUGUGUAGGAAGAAUAUCGCGAGGAUGUCGAUGAAAGAGCUCGUGAGGAGCUGCACCACGGCGGAUUAA